GAUUGCUCCUCGCCAACUUUCCUUCCUGUUCAUCCUGCUCUCCCUCUGAAAUCUCUCUCUCUCUCUCUCUCGUGAAUUCUUCUGCUCCUCGCCGUUGCUACACAGUGGAGCCGGCAGCAGCCCACCCGCACGAUCCGACGGGCGGGGACACGCCACCGAAGCAGGUGGCGCAGGCGAUGGAGCGGCUGGGGCGCGCGGGCCGGCUCAUCGCGGACAUCCGGCUCGGCGCGGACCGCCUCCUCGAGGCCCUCUUCAUCGCCGGCAGUGCGCCCACGCACAGCGCCCACCAGCACGCCGACAGGACCGCGCGCGCCGUCGCCCAGGAGGAGGCCGCCAUGCGCCGCCACUUCCAAGACCUCCGCGCCCUCGGCAGGCAAUUAGAGGAGUCUGGAGUUCUUAAUGUGGCCCUUAAAGCUCAAGGCAAUUCGUGGGGCUUGCACAUGCCACUUGUUUGUCCAGACGGUGCUGUUGUAGCUUAUUCUUGGAAGCGUCAACUGGCAGGUCAGGCUGGUGCAUCUGCUGUUGACAGAACUAGGUUAGCUCUCAAGGCCUUCACUGACCAGAAAAGAAGAUUCUUUCCUCAUCUAGAAGAUGAAGUGCUUAGCCAUCUCCAUGAUGGUGAACCUGGUGUCGCCAAAAAACCUAGGUUUUCUGCCAGCAAUGCAGAGCUAGAGGAAAAAACUUUAUCUGAAAUACUGAAAAAUCUAGAAAAUGAAGUACCUAACAUGAAAAUAUUCACAUACCGACAUCUGGAUUGGUCAAAAAGAGCUUCAUCAUUAGCAUCUCUAAUGGAUGAUGACUUUGUGGAUCCAUCUAAAGUGUUGAACCUGCAAAAUAUGGGCAAAAUGAGAUCUGGUGCUCUGUCAACUUCCAUAGACCAGGUUGCAGUAAUUGAGUUGCUGGUUCCUUCAAUAUUUAGAGCUAUUGUGUCAUUGCACCCUGCUGGAUCUACUGAUCCUGAUGCUGUGGCAUUCUUCUCUCCCACCGAGGGAGGAAGCUACCUUCACGCUAGAGGCCUGUCAGUGCAUCAUGUAUUUAAGCAUGUAAAGGAGCAUGCUAACAAGGCGUUACAGUACUUCAUCGGUGUGGAACCCAGUAAAGCACUAUCUCUACUAUUGCGUUGGAUCGCCAGCUAUCAGACUCUAUUUACAAAGGUUUGCAGCAAAUGCCGACGACUUCUGCUGAUGGACCAGUCCCUGGCUUUGCUUUUACCUCCUGUCCACCGCCCCUAUCACCAAACUUCAAAUGUUGGUUCAGAUCUUCAGGAGGCCUAUCAUAUUGGAUGUUCUUCCUAUAAUGGCUAAUGCUUCUAACGACACUCGAGACUCGUUAGAUAGCAUACGAUGCUCCGGACGUUGUCAGGUGACAACGUACAUGUACAACAAUCUUUCUGUGUAGAACCGUGGUUAGGUACUUGGGUUGGAUUUCCUUAUUAGCAGGCAUUCUGGGACCAGGUGUUGCAGAACCUGGAUAGUUAUGUAGAGUUUUUUUAUGUAUGCGUACCUUGAUUAGUUGAAGUGUUAUCAGCAUCAGUGCUGCACGAUGGAUUGCAAUUUUAAUUGAAAAUAACAUUAAUGCUUACAUUCCUAUUGUA